UUCCGAAAAUUCGAUCGCCGGCGAGAAAAAAUAAAAGAGAGAGCGAUGAGGAAAGCUUCAAAGACUCCGUCGAGCACCUCGAGUUUUGUUAAAUCGGAAGAGAAAUCAGAGAAGAAACCUCCGUUCAGACUUGCAGUGGAUGACACCAAACCUGUUCUUCAGGACCCGAUUCUGAGAUCAGACCCAAUGGAGACAGAAGAAGCUGUCCUGAGACUGCCCUCUUUCCCGGUGAUGAGACCAUCUAAAUCGUAAAAGAGGUUUCCAUCUGACUUGUAUUGUGAAUGCCGAAGAGGGUUUUAUCUCUGCUUUAAUAAGCUUAGCGUAGAGUCCAUAUGUUCUUUCUUUAGGAGCCAAAAAAUGUUUCAGUAUUUGUGUCAGCAGACCAGAGAGUGUUUUCAUUACCAACUAUCACAUGCAAAAGAAACUUAACGGUUUUCAAGCGUAAAUGUAUGGUUUGUUGAGGGCUUUUUAAUUCAUCACGUGGUGUGACUUAAAAGAGUUUAUAAAUGGUUUUCCUGUAAACUGAGAGACACACUUGCGACAUGGUCUACCUCUGAAACAUGUAUAGUUGUCAUUCGACUCGUAAAUAUUAACCACCAAUUCCUAUUAUUAUCAA